AUGUUUGAAGAGCAAUCGCAGGCCAAGCUGGACCAGCUUUCCAGAGACACCGUCGAACCUACCAAGGACGCCGGGCUCACGUCCGACUUCGGCACCAAGCAGUCCAACAACGACGACUGGCUGCGCGUCAACAGCGAGGACCAGAUAGGUCCUGCACUCCUAGAGGACCCCUUUGCACGCGAAAAGAUCCAUCGCUUCGAUCAUGAGCGUAUCCCCGAGCGUGUCGUCCACGCUCGCGGAGCCGGUGCCUUUGGCACCUUUAGACUGCACAAGUCGGCCGAGGAGUUUAGCAACGCCGGCGUCUUGACGGAUACGUCUCGUGAGACGCCCGUGUUCCUACGCUUCUCCACCGUCCUCGGCAGCAAGGGGUCGGCCGAUACGGUGCGCGACGUGCGCGGCUUCGCGCUCAAGUUCUACACGGAAGAGGGGAACUGGGAUCUCGUCGGCAACAACAUUCCCGUCUUCUUUAUCCAAGACGCCAUGAAGUUUCCGGAUCUGAUUCACGCGGGCAAGCCGGAGCCCAACAACGACGUGCCGCAGGCGCAGACGGCGCACAACAACUUCUGGGACUUCGUGUACCUGCACCCCGAGGCCACGCACAUGUACAUGUGGACCAUGUCGGACCGGGCGAUCCCGCGGUCGUACCGGAUGAUGCAAGGAUUCGGGGUGAACACGUACACGCUGACCAACGACCGGGGGGAGCGGCACUUUGUCAAGUUCCACUUCACGCCGGAACUGGGGGUGCACUCGCUCGUGUGGGACGAAGCGCUCAAGCUGGCCGGGCAGGACCCCGACUUCCACCGCAAGGACCUGGAGGAGGCCAUCGCCAACGGGCUCUUCCCCCGGUGGCGGUUCGGCAUCCAGGUGAUUGCCGAGUCGGCCGAGCACGACUUCGACUUCGACGUGCUGGACGCGACCAAGAUCUGGCCCGAGGACGCGGUGCCGAUCCGGUACAUCGGCGAGCUGGAGCUCAACCGCAACGUGGACGAGUUCUUCACGCAGACGGAGCAGGUGGCCUUCUGCACCAGCCACGUGGUGCCGGGCAUCGGCUUCUCCGACGACCCGCUCCUGCAGGGCCGCAACUUCUCCUACUUCGACACCCAGGUCAGCCGCCUGGGCAUCAACUGGGAGGAGCUGCCGGUCAACAGGCCGGUGUGCCCGGUCAUGAACUUCAACCGGGACGGAGCCAUGCGGCGCACCGUCGCCAAGGGCUCCGUCAACUACUGGCCCAACCGGUACGGCGCGCACCCGCCCCAGCCGGCCUCCAGGGGCGGCUACGCCGAGCACCGGCAGGGGGUGGCGGGCAUCAAGGAGCGGUCCCGGAGCGCCAAGUUCGGCGAUCACGUCUCGCAGGCCCAGCUCUUCUACAACUCCCUCUCGGCCGUCGAGAGGGCCCACGUGCAGGCGGCCCUGUCCUUCGAGCUGGACCGCUGCGACGACCCGGUCGUGUACGGGCGCCUGACGCAGCGCCUGGCCGACGUCGACGUCGGCCUCGCCCGCGGCGUCGGCGACGCGGUCGGCGGCCCGCCGCCCUCGCAGGCCGGCAGGCCCAACAGGGGCGCCACCGCCCCGGGACUGAGCCAGAUGGACUACGUCCCGCGGGUCCCGACCGUGGCCUCGCGCCGGGUCGGCAUCCUCAUCUCGGACGGGUACGACCGCGCGGCCCUGGACGCCGUCGUGGGCGCCCUGCGCGGCGCCAAGGCCCUGCCCCUGGUGGUCGGCCGUCGACGGUCGCCCACGCACGCCGCCGGCGAGGAGCGCGGCUCCCCCGACGCCGUCACGCCGGACCACCACCUCGAGGGUCAGCGCAGCACCAUGUUCGACGCCCUCGUCAUACCCGGGGGCAAGGCCUCCGUCGCCAGCCUGGCCGCCAGCGGCCGCGCGAGGCACUACAUCCAGGAGGCGUUCGGCCACCUCAAGCCCAUCGCCGCCACCGGCGAGGCCGUCGACCUGGUCGCCGAGUCCCUCCAGCUGACGCAGGUGGCCACCUCGGACGGCGGCCAGCCCGUCGAGAGCUACGGAGUCGUCACCCUGCGCGACGCAUCCGUGCACGGCUUCGGCCGUGUCCUCAGCGUAGCAGAGCAUGCGGAGGGUUUCAUGGAGAAGUUCAUCUACGCCGUCAGCCAGCAUCGCUGUUGGGAUAGGGAGCUGGAUGGGCUGAGCAUGAUGGUGUCGUAUUAG